AAAACAUGGUUUAAAAGAGGAAUAUGCGGAGAGCUUAUUUUUAUGCCGGUAUUGCCGAUGCUUGUUUUGGAAGUCUCAUGGCCACCCAUGUCUGGAUUUAAGUCACAGUAUUCCCAGUACAGUAGAGUACAUGAACGACGCAAAUGGCAGUCUAGUUAAUUCUGCUCAACUGUACAUUCCUGUACCCCCUCAAGCUUUCCUCAGCUUCUUCUCCUUGUGAUAUCUGUCCUGCUGCACUCCUCUCUGUACAGAUAUACUUACGAAUUUCUCUGGAUGUACUUGGUUGUACAGCUUGUACUGUUCAGUGUUUUUAUUCCUGCAGGUCAGGGCACUGUUAACUCUUAUGUCAUGCAGUUAUUUUGAUUUAGUAUUUUUGUAAAAUGUUCAACGUAUAUUCAGAGAAGAAAAAAAUACAUGUAAGUGCAGUUGUCUGUUUUUAUCUAAAUAUAUAUACACUAUCAGUCACAGUCAAGUCAUUGAGGUUUGUUAUAUAUUUUAUAGUUUUAUAGCUUUUUUUUGUGCAUUUACUGUAUAUUGAUGUGUUCUAACAGUUUUACGACUUAGGAUUGUUUUUAUGAUGUUUUUGGUUGUUAUUUGUUUUUUACUGUUUACAUGUUGUAGUUAAAUGUCUCAAAUGGGCACAAGGUUGGAAAAAAAAAGAUUAUGUAUAUUCUAUAUAUUCUUCCGGUGAUAAAAUAAAGUCUACUUUGAAUGUC